UUCAUAUCUCUAAUUCACACACCCCACAUCUUCCAUUUCUCUUCUCCCCUCCACCCAAAAGGCAAAAAAAAAAUAAAAAAAAAAUAAAUAAAGAACUUGCAAAACUUGCUCUUUUAUAACCAAUUUUAUCCUGCAAUAUCUUUUCUUCGUUUUCUGACGAAAGACUCAACUUGUAUUAGCCUUGUUCAAUACACCAAUUUCUUUUUCUGUAAUUUGCCUUACACUUUUCAGGUUAACUAUGUCCAUAACUGAUCCCUGGCCAUUUUCUUAAAAACCCCACACAAAAAAAAAAACUCUUUUCCUUGUAAAAAUAUUUCAUCUUAUCUUCUUUCAGUUUUUCCUAGUACAAAUAGUAAACAUGCGUAAAUUCCGAGGUUUCGUGCUCAAACACCGUGUCACUACACUUUUCCGGUGCAUGUUCCGGCAACGACGGCGGGAAACGGCGAGGUAUCACCGGCUGGACCAACUUCCAAGUUGGAAUGGACCCACAAAAUCAUUUUCUAGGUUCUUGAACUGGACCCAACGGGUCAAAACAAGAGCCAAGGCUAUUUGCAGCAAGGCUCAUUGUUCCGGGUCGGGUCGGGGUUACAUGCAUGUCGGGCAAGACCCAGUUGAGGAUGAAAGUGUAACGGUGCCAAAAGGUCAUUUGGCUGUUUAUGUGGGACAGAAAGAUGGUGAUUAUAAAAGGGUUUUAGUUCCUGUUAUUUAUAUUAAUCACCCUUUGUUUAGUGAGUUGUUAAGGGAGGCUGAAGAAGAAUACGGGUUUAAUCACCCGGGUGGUAUUACGAUACCUUGUCGGAUCUCGGAGUUUGAGCGUGUUCAGACCCGGAUUAAGCAGUGUCGUGUCGGGUGACCCGGAAAGUGUGAACAUGGAAGUGAUGCAUGCAAUAUGCUACCAUUUGGAUUAUUUAUGAUGAUGAUGACGAUAAUUGUUAAGAGACAGUUGAGAGUUGUUUAUCAGGGAUUUUUGUAGUAUUUUUUUUUUUUUUGUUUUGAAUUUUCGGUGGUUUCAUUUCUGAUGUAAGAAGAGUAGUUUAUUGAUGUACAGUAUUAGAUGAAACUUCCGAUCUCUUUCCAGUA